AUGCUGUCACCCAACAGUGGAUUCAGAGAAGCAACACUGGUGGGAAGUGACCGCCCCAUUCCGUUCCCAGACGAUGAUCCGGAUGCACUCGCUGUCCUACUCAACAUCGCACAUAUGAAAUUCAGCCUUGUACCCAGGACCUUGGAGUUCGAAACGCUUCUUCACCUUGCGGAUUUGACCGAGAAGUACGACGCGAUCAACAUCCUCCGCCCGUGGAUCAAGGGAUGGAUUCAAGCCGCCGAGCACUUGGCCGAGAGACCUGGCUAUGAGGAGUGGCUCUUCAUUGCAUGGGCCUUUGGAGAAGUACAAAUAUUCGACAAACUGUCGACUCGCUUGGUCUGGCAAGUCCGCAUCAACGAGCUCGGCCAAUGCGUGGGACCCAGCGGGAGAAUUCUCGACCGGUCGAGCGAUGAUAUUGAUGCAUUGUUCCCGCCAGGAAUCAUCGAAAGUAUUCUGGAACACAGGUUUGGCACAAUCGAGUACGUGGUUGUCCAUAUCCAGACCCGUAUACAUACAUACCUUCACGGCAAACGGACGGGAGUCUAUCUCUGCAAAAUGGCCCACACGUUACCUAGGCAGGAGGCGGAAGCCUGCGAUGCACUAUGCUACGGAAGUCUCGUGUACGCCUUAUAUACGCUUGGGCUUAGUCCAGGGUUCGAAAGACCACAGGACACCAAAUUCAGCGCCCAGCAUUUGAAGGACAUCAUGAGUACAUGGAUAGCCCCGGCUCUAGGCUAUACCCCAGGGCCAGGGGGAAUGCUCGCACUGCAUCAUUCCAGCUGCUCAGUAAAAACUCUCUUUGACGAAGUAACAGAAUACGUGAGCGGCAUUGCAUCCCCCGGUCUAAAGGCUCACUACGAUCACAUGGCGCGAAAGCGGAGUGGGCUUACUGAGGGACAACCACCUCGGAAAAAGAGGAAGCGUCGUCACUAA